GCGUUCAGCUCGAACGAGCUUGCCUUCUUGUCCAUGCUCUUCUUUGGCGUCGGCCUCUAUGGCAACCUGCAGUUCAACUUCUAUGACCCGCAGUGGGCCAAGGUGGAUGCUGGCGGCUUCUUCAAUGUGUCUUACAUCGUGGAGUCCUUCUUGCUUCCCAUCUCGUUCUUCAUGCACAUUGCGUGCUACAUUCAGAGGCAGAACGGGAAGUGA